AUGGAGGCUAGCGCGACUUGCUUGUCUUGUAUAUAUAAUCAAUUCGAUCCAUAUCAAUCGAACAAUCGCCUCGGCCAAUGGUGUGAGGCAAACUCAGCAGGUGGGUCCAGCGUGUCUACUGUCACCUCUCCUUCAAAGGCGUCGCCAACGACCACCACCAGCGAUGGAAUCAGUACUCCAUUGCCAAUCCAGAGUGGCAUGGUAUCUACUUGUGAUCAAUCUUACCUGGUAGUAUCCGGGGACACUUGUGCUGCCAUUGCAUCUACUUAUGAUAUUACUAUCGACGACUUCUACGCUUGGAACCCUGCCGUUGGAAGCAGCUGUGCAAGUCUCUGGGUGGAUGACUAUGUCUGUGUUGCUGUCAAUACUUCUUGA